CCGCGGCAGGGCGCGAAGCGGCGCACCGUGUCGUCGCAGCUCGGCGCGGCGGAUUUCGACGCCUUCCCAGAGCACACGGGCAGCCAGGCGCCCGCGGCGCCGAGUUUGCCGCCCGCUGGGCAGCUGCCGUGCGGCGGCACCACGCAGGCGUGGCUCCGCGCGGUGGCGCGGCUCGCCAGGACGGAGGAAUAUCGAGGAUGA